AUGUCGCCAUCUCAGAAGCAAGUCGCACUCGUCGUUGGUGCCUCAAGGGGUAUUGGCCGACAAAUCGCCAUUGGCCUGGCGAAGGAAGGCUACGCAGUCAUUGUAGCAGCAAAAUCCACGUCCGAUGCCUCAAAAUGUACCCCCUUCCCGCCCGACCCCAACUCCCCCAGCUCCACCAUCUCCACGGUCGAGCGCGAGAUCCGCGACGCCGGCGGCGAGGCCACAGCCAUAAGCGUCGAUACGCGCGACUUCCCCAGCAUAGAGCGACUGGUCUCACAAACCGUUGCGACAUACGGCCGGCUAGACGUGCUCAUCUACAACAGUGGCGCGAUAUGGUGGGCAAGCGUGGAAAAGACACCCAUGAAGCGAUUCCAGCUCAUGCAGCGUGUAAACGUCGAAGGCUUAUACGGUGUCAUACAGGCAUGCUUGCCUCACUUCAAGCAAGCGGAUGGGAAAUGGCGGGGCCGCAUAAUCGUCGUUAGCCCACCCAUCUACUCGCGCUUCUUCCGCGGGAAGACCGCAUACGCAAUGGGUAAAGUAGGCAUGAGCGUGCUUACAAAAGGUCUCGCCAUGGACUUUAUCCGCGAAGGGAAGAGUGAAAUGGCAAUCACUAGUAUCUGGCCCGCGACGGCGAUUCAGAGUGGGGCGACGCAGAAUCUGGCGAAAGAAGACGCAAAGGAUCUCAGGACGGCGGAUAUCUUCUCAGAUGCGGUGUUGGCGAUGAUUAGGGCGGAGGUAGAGGAGGUUAAUGGCGAGUUGUUGCUUGACGAGGAUUUCCUGAGGACGAGGGGAGUGAAAGAGUUUGGGAAGUACAGUUUGGUGGAGGGGAGUGUGCCGAGGAGGAUGAUGCCGGAGGAGUUUCCAGAUCUGAGAGUUAGAGAGCAGGAUGAUGAGGGGAAGAGGCUGGAUAGUACCGUCUUGAGGGCGGCGAAGCUUUGA